AACUAAAGGAAGCGAGCGCCUUCAAUUUUUUUCUAUUCUUUUUCCCGUUGACAAUCUUAGAAGAUUCGCCAGUCACUGAUUCACCUUCUUCCUCAUUCUCAAAGUAAGUAUGGAAGGUCAGGAUAUAAUUAACCUUCCUGCUUCUAGCAAUUCAUCUGGAAGUGAGAGUGGUGAACUUCGUGAUUUGGAUGAUGGACCUUGUCAAGUGGGUUCUCAACCGAAUAAUGCUGAGACUAAAGAUGGUGAAGGAAAAGUGGAGAGCCUGGAGGUGAAUGAAGGUGUUAUAAAAAAUCCUCAGAGCGAUUUAAUUGUGGAAACGGAGGUCGACAACACUCUUGUUGAUGAUUCAUCUGACAUGCAAAUAAGUGAUGAAAUAACUGAAACUGUGAGAGUUAAAGAGACAUUGGAGGGCUUAAGCUUUGGAGCGCAUUCUGCAUAUUUUACAGCUGAUGAGAAAAUGGAUGGCUUAAGCUCUUCAGUGCCUACUAAAAAGCGCCGUCUUGAUGCCCAAAAUGGAAGUCCCAUCCAGAACGACAUGAUGGAUGGUAUUCCUAUAUCCGGUGUUAAGAGACCCCGGAUGACAUUUGAUGACCAGCAACCUUCUGUUCAUAUUGUGUAUAAUUUCUUAACAAGAGCUAGUAAACAGAAGCUUGAGGAACUUUUGCAGAAGUGGUCAGAGUGGCAAGCUGAACAUGGCACUUUAUCCCCAGAUGAAAACGAACUUAUAGAAUCAGGAGAAGAGACGUACUUUCCUGCUUUACGUGUUGGUGCAGAGAAGCCCUCCACUGUGUCAUUCUGGAUAGACAACCAAACAAGGAAUCCACGUGAUACAGAGAUCAUCACAUUGGAUAGUAACAUUGUGCCUCUUUAUGAUCGUGGAUAUGCAAUGUGUUUGACUUCAGCAGAUGGUUCAAGUAAUUUAGAAGGAGGCUUGGAGAUAAAAGAUGAUGCUUCCCGUUGUUUCAACUGUGGUUCUUAUAGUCAUUCCCUGAAGCAAUGCCCGAAGCCUCGUGACAAUCUUGCUGUCAAUGCUGCUCGAAAGCAGCACUACAAAUCUAAACGAAAUCAGAAUACUGGUUCUCGCAAUGCAAUUCGAUAUUACCAGAGCUCUCAAGGUGGAAAGUAUGAUGAUCUAAAGCCAGGUGUUCUUAGUGCUGAUACACGACAAUUAUUGGGCCUUGGGGAGUUUGAUCCACCACCUUGGCUUAACAGAAUGCGAGAAAUUGGAUACCCAACAGGAUAUCUAGCUCCCGAUGAUGAGGAUCAGCCAUCAGGAAUCACAAUUUAUGCUGAUGGAGAAACCAAUGAAGAACAGGAAGAUGGGGAAAUUACUGAGGUUGUGCAUGCUGAACCAGAGAAGAAAAUGACUGUUGAAUUUCCAGGAAUAAAUGCACCAAUCCCUGUAGAGGCAGAUGAAAAACUUUGGGCACCUGGUUCUUCAAGUUCUGAAUCAUCUAGGAGUAGGUCACACCGUAGAUUACACCAUUCUUCUGAACCUGGCAGCAGAGGGCAUCAUCAUGAGAGAAGGUAUUUGGGGGAUUUUGAAGAUGAAGGGCCUCCAGGGGUUGAUACUAGAUUUAGCUCAUCUUAUCCCCCAAGGUAUGGUAAUUAUGAUUCUCCUCACAGUUUUCACAGUCCAAGAGAUCCUAUUCCAAGGCCACGAAGCCCAACCUUGGGGAGGUCCAAUUCUGACAGGGGUAGGAGUCCUUUGGUAUAUGAAGAUUUUGCAAGUCAUGGUUCCUAUAGUUCCACACACCACUCAUUGUCAGAUAGGCGAACAUCACCGAGAAUUCAUGGCUCAGCCAGAUUUGAAAGUGAGAUUGAUGAAAGAUGGGAGAACAGCUACCCUGAUUAUUCAUCUCGGUCAAACAGUCACCGAUAUCGCAGCAGGUGGUGAAUGGCAUUGUUGUAACUUUUGUUUUUGUCACCAGAUUUUAUCAUUGCUUAGUAUUUACUUACCCCAUGAGGCCAUAACUCCCUUCUUUAGGACGGUGCGCUACUGCUACUGUUGGUUGUAGCGUAACUUGUAAAGAUUUCUGAACAGAUGAUGUAUACAUGUGAUUUCAUGGCACCAGAUGGGGUGGGGUCAUUGUACAAUAAGUUAGAUAGGCCUCAGAUGAAUUUAAAGGAUUUCUUUUGCUUAGAUGUAUUCAAUGUCAGUCUGCAGUUAUCUUUUA